UGCUGUUUUCCUACUUAAGAGUAGUUUUAUUAUUUUUGUAGUGUAUUACCUGAGUUCAGAAUCCUUUCUCUCCAAUUACUGAUGGUAGCGUAUAUCAGUCGAAAUCAUUUUUCCUUCUCUUUUCCUUUUUCGGGACGGGGUGGGAGAGAGUUUUCUUUUAAUGUCUUUGUUGCCUCUCAGUGUUCUUUAAAAGGAAUUUGAUUUUCUUCACUAUGUCCAGUUUUCACUGGACUUGGGUCUUUUGGUUUCUUCCAAUUUUCCUUUUUGAGGGAUACCAUGAUGGGGUGGAGGAAGUGUUGGUUUCUCUAUGUUUACUGUUACUCUCGUGGACCUUAAGAAUUGUUUUUGUUUUACAGGUUCAGUGGAGUUAGCUUCAGCGGGUGUCUCCAUAUCGGUUUUUAACAUCAUUUCAAAGCUAUUUAAUGUUCCUCUACUUAGUGUUGCUACAUCUUUUGUGGCUGAAGACAUUGCCAAGAAUGUGACCAAAGUUUACAUGUCAGAGGAGGCAGAAGGCACCAACGGUAGACUUCCCAUAGGGGUAGCAGAAAGGCAUCAGUUUUCUUCUGUAUCUACAGCAUUAUUUUUAGCAGUUGGCAUUGGCAUCAUUGAAGCUUUGGCUUUGGCUUUGGGAUCUGAACUACUUCUUGGUUUGAUGGGCAUAUCAUCUACUUCACCUAUGAGAGCUCCAGCAAAAAGAUUCCUUGCUCUGCGUGCUCUUGGUGCUCCUGCAUUUGUAGUUUCCUUGGCCCUUCAAGGCAUAUUCCGUGGAUUUAAGGAUACAAAGACUCCAGUCUUCUGUUUAGGCAUUGGAAACUUUAUAGCUAUAUUUUUGUUUCCCUUACUUAUGUAUUAUUUCGGCUUGGGUGUAUCCGGAGCUGCUAUAUCCACUGUCAUUUCACAAUACCUGGUGGCCUUUUCUAUGAUCUGGUAUUUAAAUCAGAGAGUAAUAUUAUUACCGCCACGAUUUGGGGAGCUGCAAUUUGGUGGCUAUUUAAAAUCUGGUGGUUUCCUCAUUGGAAGAACUCUUUCUGUCCUUUUCACAAUGACACUUGCUACAUCAAUGGCUGCCCGUCAAGGUGCUGUAGCGAUGGCUGCUCAUCAAAUAUGCUUACAAGUAUGGUUAGCUGUCUCCCUCCUCACAGAUGCACUGGCUGCAUCUGCACAGAACCUUUCUUGUUUUUGUGCAUGUGUGUUGCUUCACUGUGCUUGCCUCUAUUCUUUUUCUUGUUUGGCAAAAAAACCAUGUUCGACUUGGCAACAACUGUCGGCGUUGGUUGCUAGUUAUUUAUCGAAAGGUGAUUACGUGGUAGUAACCGAAAUUACACACUAUGUGCUAAAGCUAGGGCUACUUGCUGGUGUGUUUUUGGCAGCUGCAUUAGGUGUUUCUUUUGGCUCUUUAUCUACUUUAUUUACCAAGGAUGCUGAAGUGUUAGCUGUGGUUGGUACAGGUGUAUUGUUUGUCAGUGCCAGUCAACCAAUAAAUGCUCUUGCCUUUAUCUUUGAUGGCCUCCAUUAUGGUGUUUCAGACUUCCCUUAUGCAGCUCGCUCCAUGAUGCUGGUGGGGGCAAUAUCAUCGGGAUUUCUGCUGUUUGCUCCUAGACAUCUUGGUCUUCCUGGUGUUUGGUUGGGCUUGACCCUUUUCAUGGGAUUGCGCAUGAUGGCUGGGAUUAUCAGGUUAUUGUCAAAGAAAAGUCCUUGGUGGUUUCUGCAUUGUGACACUAAUGAAGCCAAGGUUAUUAGUUGAGUGGAUUCGAUUUUCAGGCCUUCUUUGAAACUUAUAGAAACCUCCUUUCAUAUACUUGGUCAACCAUCUUUGUUUGAGCCUUUUCCUCUAAAAAUAGGAUUACUGAGCCUCUUUCCUCCAAGGAUACUUGCUCACAUAGUUAUUUUUCUUUUUCUUCCACUAUCUUUUUUUUUGGGGUGUUUUUUUUUUUGGCGGUGGGGGGCGUUCGAAGAUUCUUCAUGACUGCAAUAAUGCCUGGUGGCUCGUAUCUUUAGAUAGCUUUAUACAACUGCGGAACAACUGUACAUUGAAUUAUUUACACUACUUCCCUAUGUAAAUAUGUUGGAUUCUAUAAUGUUCGGCAUCUUGGUUAAGGAGUCA